CGCGGGCUUUCUUCAAGCUCCUAAAGCACCACCUAAAACUACUGCGGCGCCAAACUUGCUAAACCAGAAUUAGCCACACCUUAUCCCCCGUCCCUCCCCCGCCUCAUCCCACUCCUCUGCACCCCAGUUUGUAUUCCUAGUCGUCUCGUGUUUCCAUUAACCUUGUGAUCAUGCAUGAGCUUUUACUCUUCGCCUCAGUUCCCGCUCACCAACACCAUGAGCUCCUUCAACAGUUGGCUGGCUUGACAGCUAUGCAACCGCGUCACCGCUUGGAGAGACGGCUGGUCUUCAAGGCCUAUCGCAAGCCAGGUCUGGUCACCACUCGUGUGGGAGCCAGUCAGGACUUACAGGGUGCAGACUUCCAGCGUCUGAAUAAGAUGUUGAAUGGGGGUAUGUACUACACGCAGGUCGUUGGCCCUGUGACCAAGACGGAUUUCGGCACGGCCGCGUCGUCGAGAAUGCCAGCAUCCAGCGAUGCAGAUGUGUCGAUGUCUGGAUCCGGAGAGUCUUCUUACUGCUACGAGAAUCAGCCCUGGAAGCUGGAGUUUAGAGACAUCCCUGAGGCUGGUACGCGAUCCGCUGUGACCACUCGCUUGAUGGCAAGUGCGAGCUUGCCUAAAGGUGAUAUUGCAAUUCCCAUGAAUGCUUGGGGCUAUAGUUUUGUCGCCGAGUAUAUGGUAGAAGGGGAUGUUUUUGUCCAUAAUGAUAUCGUGAUUUUCCUCCAUCGCGUCUUACUAUAUCCCUCGGCAGGGUCGCAGGAAUCACAUGGCCCUCGACGACAAUUACCUCCUUAUCACGAGCUCGCCCCGCUUGAGCGAACAGGCAGUUACGUUCUGCAAGCUGCCAUUACUGUCCAGGAUGGAGGCAACCAGGAACUGAUGAAGACAGCUUCUCAGCAUCUUUUCGGGCUCCGAGAGCAACUCAAGUCAGCUGUUCGUCUUGAACAAGCGGAUAGAUUGUCUCUGGAUACCCGGGCGAAGUAAUCAAUGCUUAUCUGGCGCUUGCUCUUUUCCGGUGUUCUAUACCCUCAGAGCUAGAUUGGCUCUCUGUUCAUGUGAUUCAUUGAUCUUAGCUCUGGACUCUAAUGUACUGUAUUCUCGAUGCUUCACGCAGAAAUCUAAUAUGAUGGAACUCAAAAGAU